AUGUCCCCGCUGCAGCAGCAGCAGCAGCAACAACAGAAGCAGCAGCAGCAGCAGCAGCAGCAGCAGCAGCAGCUGAUGUACACCUUCGCGCAGCAGGUAAAGGGAAAAAGUGUUAUAUAUAAGAAGGCAAAGAAAAGGCCUUGCCGUCUUUAUGGGCGGGACAAUGAAGAAACUGCGGUGGGGUUGUCCCAGCUGCCGCGAGGUCCUGUACCUUGUGGGGCCCCUGUGUGCAUGCAGCUGGAGAGGGUACAGCUCAAGCAGCAAUUCUUAGAGGAUGUAUCUAAAUUAAUGGAGGUGGUCCCUUGUCCCUUUAGACCCCAUACAGACAAAGAGAGACAACUUCUGCAGGCACAGGCGGAGACAGUUACCCUUGUACAAAAGCUAAAUGAAUCAAUUAGAGCACAGAAGAGACUAGCGGGGGAGAAGGCACAGCUAGCUAAGGCCCUUAUUAAGGAGAGGAGCAACAAGAACAGCAGCAGCAGCAGCAGCAGCAGCAGCAGCAGCAACAGCAACAGCAACAGCAACAUGACUCUACAACUUGCUGCUGCAGCAUGUCUUAGCUAUAAAGAAGAAGCAGAAGCUGCGCAGCAGCGAGUAGAGGAGACCCUAGCUGCAGCAGCAGCAAGAGAAGCAAAACUUCUUGAGGAGACAAAAGAAGAGAGACACCGUAGAGCAGCAGCAGAGAAGCAGUUAGAGGAGGUACGACAGCAGCAGCAACAGCAGCAGCAGCAACAGCAGCAGCAGCAGCAAGUGCUGCAGCAGCUAGCUGACUCACAGGCACAGCUAGCUGCCCUUAAGGAACAAUCUAAGGCCUUAGAGGCCCUCCUUAAGGAGACAGGUCUCCGGGUACAGGAGCUGGAGGGUCUGCAGCAGCAGCAGCAGCAGCAGCAACAGCAGCAGCAACAGCAACAGCAGCAACUGCGACAAGAAACAGAAACAUUAAGGAUUCGUUGUGCUGCUGCUGAGCAGCAAGCGCAGCAAGAAGCAAAAGAGAGACAGAAGGAGUGUCUCCUUUUGCAGCAACUGGUGCAGCAAGCAGAGGAGCGUGCUGCUGCACUGCAGCAGGCCCUAUUAACCCGUCGCAGCAACAGCAGCAGCAACAGCAGCACCAACAGCAGCAGCAGCAAUGAUGGGUCUCCUCUAGUGUCUCCUCCUGGAGGAGACAGUUCCCUAUCCAGGAGAAGAAGAGACAGUCUGCAGAGGGCCCUCAAGACAGCAGAUGCAGCAAUUGCUAAGGCUGUGGUGUAUGUACACCGCAGCAAACUCAACAGAAGCAGCAGCAGCAGCCACAAAGAAGCAAGAAAACAAGUAGAUGCAGCAGCAGCAGCAGCAGCAGCAAAGGGGCCCCCCCCAGGAGACACAGGGGCCCCUAAUAAUCAAAAGGGACCGAAAGAGGAAACCACUUCAAAGGCAACUAUCCCUCAAGAAAAGGUUGCUGCUGCUGCAGGUAGCAGCAAAGACGGAGGGCCCCCGGGGCCCCCCAAACCUCCUCCUGAUGCAGCAGCACCAGCUACGGGUACAACACAGCAGCUCAAACAAGGGGGGCCCCCCAAAGCAGGACUUUUAACAGAGGCAGCGAAGGGCCCCCCCCCAAGCGGCAAGGGGCCCCCCUUGGACACUCAACCAAAAGAACCUCCGAAGGGGCCCCCAGAAGAACAUCAGCAGGGGCCACCAAAAGACGCAAAGACGGGGCCCCCCCCGAAAGCCGUCGGGGGGCCCCCAGCAGGUGUAUCAAAGGGGCCCCCAAAAAUAUCUUCUCAGGGGCCCCCGGGGAAACCUUCAGGGGCCCCCACACCUAAACCCUCAGAUGAUGCUACAGCAAAACAGACACAGGGGCCCCCAAAGAAAGCCCCCGAGGGCCCCCCAUCCAGUCCCCCCGGGGGCCCUCCAUCGAAACCCCCUGGGGGCCCUCCCUCCAAACUCCCCCGGGGCCCCCCUUCCAAACCCCCCGGGGGCCCUCCAUCCAAACCCACGGAUGCCCCCCCAACCAAACCCUCCGGGGGCCCCCCACCCAAACCCGCCGAGGGCCCACCCGAUAAACCAGCAGAGACACCUGAAUCAAAACUGACAGCGGGGCCCCCAAAGAAGGCACUCGCAGGGCCCCCAGCGGGGCCUGUAGUAGGGGGGCCCCCAAAGAAGGUGACAGAAGGGGGACCCACCAAAACGACUAUUGGAGGGCCCCCAAAGAAGAUGCCUGAAGGUGGGCCCCCAAAGAAGAUCUCAGAAGGGGGCCCACCAAGCAAGCCGAUUGGGGGGCCCCCAAAAAAGAUGACAGAAGGGGGGCCCCCAAGCAAGCCGAUUGAAGGGCCACCAAAGAAGGCAACAGAAGGGGGCCCCCCAAGCAAGCCGAUUGAAGGGCCACCAAAGAAGGCAACAGAAGGGGGCCCCCCAAGCAAGCCGAUUGAGGUGCCACCAAAGAAGGCAACAGAAGGGGGCCCCCCAAGCAAGCCGAAUGAGGUGCCACCAAAGAAGACGACAGAAGGGGGGCCCCCAAGCAAGCCGAUUGAAGGGCCACCAAAGAAAGCGACAGAAGGGCCCCCCCCGAAGAAGAUGACAGAGGGGCCCCCAAAGAAGAUUUCGGAAGGGGGGCCCCCAAGCAAGCCGAUUGGGGGGCCCCCAAGCAAGCCGAUUGAGGGGCCCCCAAAGAAGACGACGGGAGAUGGGCCCCCAAGCAAGCCGACUGGGGGGCCCCCAAAGAAGACCACAGGAGAUGGGCCCCCCAGCAAGCCUAUUCAGGGUCCCCCAAAGAAGAUGACAGGAGAGGGACCCCCAAGCAAGCCGAUUGAGGGCCCUCCAAAGAAGGUGACAGAAGGGGGCCCCCCAAGCAAGCCGAUUGAGGGGCCCCCCAAGAGGGUAACUGAAGGUUCCUCAAAGCAAGGCCCAGAUGGGUUAGUAAGCCAGCAAGGAGAAGGUGUGGGGCCUCAGAGACCAUCAGGGGGGCCCCCAGAGAAACUCCCCGAGGGGCCCCCAGUGCCCUCAUCAAAGAUAUCCCCAGCAGACCCUCCAAAAGGGCCCCCAAAGAAGCCACCUGGCGGGGGCCCCCCAGGAAAGCUUUCUAUGGGGCCCCCAAAGGCACUACCGGGGGGACCCAAAACGACGAGUACCCAAGGGGAGGAGGAGAGCGUAACUGGGGAGAGGAAGGGCCCCCCACCAAAGUUCGGUGCAGGGGCCCCACCGAUGAAGAAGGCGGGGGCCCUCCCCGGGGGUCCCCCACCUCCUGCAAAGGCCCCCACUGCCAGCGCAGUGAAGGCCACAGGCCCCCCUGAUUCUCUACUGGGGGGGCCCCCUCAGGCAGGCCUGCUGCCAACAGGAGAGGGGCCUCCUGGGGUCCCCCAAAAGGAAGAGAAGCAGAACCCAGGAGGGCCCACCGGCUCCCGCCCCUCGGUGAAGCAAGGGCCCCCCAUGGGAGCUAGUAAAGAAGGCGAAGGGGGCCCCCCCACGAAGAAGGGGGCCCCUUCAGGGCCCCAAGAGGAGGGCCCCCGCGUACAAGGCGAGAAGGAGCCACUGCCUGACGCGCUGUUGCAGCAGAUGAACCUCCCUUCCCAUGCACCAGCAGCUGCUGCAACAACUCCAGCAGCAGCAGCAGCAACAACAGCAGCAGGAACAACAACGGAGUCUCCUCCUAAGACCCCUAAGCCUGCAACACCAGGGUCAGCAAAUCGUCUUAGGGACUCUGCUGCUGCUGCCUUCCAUAAGGGGCCCCUAGACACUAAAACUAUUGCUGCCAACAGGCGUGCAGCAGCAGCAGCAGCUGCUGCUGCUGCUGCUGCUGAUGCUGCUGCUAAGCCUGAGCCCAACGGGGGGCCCCCCAUAGGCCACCCACCAGGGCCCCCAAAAGGGCCUCCUAAGAAGGUACCAUCCGUAAAGGAAGGGGGCCCACCUGCCCUUGCCUCCCCUAAGACAGGCCCUACACAGGGACAGCAGCUGCCGGCAGCAGCAGAGGGCCCCCCACCAAAAGGGCCCCCACCAAAAGGGCCAACAGCAGGAGGGGCACCACUAAAGGGGCCUACAGCCGGGGGAGCACCACCAAAGGUGCCUCCAGCAGGAGGGCCCCCAAUUAAAGGGCCUCCAGCAGGGGGGCUUCCAGCAGGGGGGCCCCCAAUUAAGGGUCCCCCAGCAGGGGGGGGCCCACCAAAAGUGCCUCCAGCAGGGGAGACCCCACCUAAAGGGCCUCCACCAGGGGAGACUCCACCAAAAGGGCCUCCAGCAGGGGGGCCCCCAACUAAAGGGCCACCAGCAGAGGGUGCCCCACCCAAAGGGCCUCCAGCAGGGGGAGCACCACCAAAAGGGCCCCCAGCAGGGGGAGCUCCACCAAAAGGGCCUCCAGCAGGGGGGCCUCCAGCAGGUGGGCCCCCACCAAAAGGGCCACCAGAAGGGGGGCCCCCACCGAAAGGGCCCCCAGUAGGGGCGGGCCCACCAAAAGUGCCUCCAGCAGGAGGGGCACCACCAAAAGGGCCACCAGCAGGGGCAUCUCCACCAAAGGGGCCUCCAGCAAGAGGAGCUCCACCAAAAGGGCCACCAGAAGGGGGCGCCCCACCAAAAGGGCCUCCAAUAGGGGGGCCACCACCUAAAGGGCCUCCAGCAGGAGGAGCUCCACCAAAAGGGCCUCCAGUAGGGGGGCCCUCACCAAAAGGGCCACCAGAAGGGGGCGCCCCACCCAAAGGGCCUCCAAUAGGGGGGCCCCCCCCUAAAGGUCCUCCAGCAGGGGGAGCUCCACCAAAAGGGCCUUCAGUAGGGGGGCCCCCACCAAAGGGGCCCCCAGCAGGGAACGCCCCACCCAAAGGGCCUCCAGUAGGGGGGCCCUCACCAAAAGGGCCACCAGAAGGGGUAGCUCCGCCAAAAGGGCCUCCAGCAGGGGGGCCUCCAGCAGGGGGGCCUCCAGCAGGUGGGCCCCCACCUAAAGGGCCUCCAGCAGGGGGAGCUCCACCAAAAGGGCCUCCAGUAGGGGGGCCUCCAGCAGGUGGGCCCCCGCCUAAAGGGUCUCCAGCAGGGGCAGCUCCACCAAAAGGGCCUCCAGCAGGUGGGCCCCCACCUAAAGCACCACCAGCAGGGGGACCCCCAUCAAAAGGGCCGCCAGCAGGAGGGCCCCCACCAAAAGGGCCUCCAGCAGGUGCAGCCCCAACUAAAGUGCCUCCAGCAGGGGGGGCACCUCCGAAAGGGCCGCCAGCCGGGGGGCCCCCACCUAAAGGGCUUCCAGCAGGGGGACCCCCCUCCAAAGGGCCUCCGGCAGGGGGGCCCCCACCAAAGGGGCAACCUAACCCGAAGGAGUUGAGUACGGAUUCCGCAGGUGAGCACCCUGAGGCUACUUUGGCUAAGGGGGCCCCCCCGAAGGGCCCCCCAAAGAAGUCUGCCUCUAUUGAAAGGCCGCGGUACCCUGUUGGGGUCUGCGAGGGACUUACUGUGGCGGGGUCUGGCUACGGGGGCCCCACAUGCUAA